UCUCCUUUGCCAGCAAUCAGCCGUUCUUUUUCAUCUAGCAACCCAAAACUUUCUGUCCAAUUCUUAAGUUUCGACCAAAGCAUCAAUCAGAUUUUAUCUUUGCAUCUUUCAAUCGGGUAGCUGAAUUCCUUCCAUCUGAUUAUAGUUCUUUCUUGAGUUAGUUAAAUUUUUGGAUAGCUUGAUUUUUUUUUUGAACCAUCACGAGGAUAUCUGAAUUUCAUACCUCUGCACCAAUUCCAUCUUAAACGAUCCACACUGGCGAUUCAGCGACGCCGACCUAGGUCACGCAGAGCACCAGCCGCCAGUCCUGGACGCCACCCUCUAGGCCUCUUCCAAUUCCAAUUAUCACUGCAAUUUUAAUUUUAAGAUUGAUAUAAGAAGCUGCGCAACAAAAACAGAUUGGUAAAGGAAUGUGUUCCCAGUAAAUGAACUCAUUUUUUCCAUCAAUCAUUGAUUGCCAUGAAACUACUUGCAUCUUUUACAUGCUCCAGCAGGGCACUUCGUGUUGGAAUAAAAGGACAUUUGCAAUUACGAUCAUUCCAACCUGAUUUUGCCCCAAGAGAUCCAAAUGUGAAACCUAUAAAAUACAAAUACCCUACAGUCUAUGAUCCAUACGGGCCUAGACCCUCACCGUCCGAUAAGAUUAUGCAACUUGUAGAACGCAUAGCUUCCCUAACACCCGAUGAGCGGAAACAAAUUGGGCCCACGCUCAGAGAGAGACUGAAGCUUCCCGUGCUGAAAGCCAUUUCAUCAGAAGAAGGCAUUAGUGGUGGGGCUGGAGUGGGACAAGGCGGGCCUGCGAAGGCGGAAGAGAAGAAGGUGGAGAAGACGGCAUUUGAUGUGAAGCUAGAGAAGUUUGAUGCGGCUGCAAAAAUCAAGGUGAUCAAAGAGGUGCGUUCAUUCACCAGUUUGGGGUUGAAGGAAGCUAAGGAGCUGGUGGAAAAGGUGCCUGCCAUACUUAAGCAAGGAGUCACCAAAGAGGAGGCAAAUGACAUAAUAGAAAAAAUCAAAGCUGCUGGAGGAAUUGCAGUUAUGGAAUGAUUAGUAAUAGCAAGUAGUCCCUCCUGAUACGGCUUUACGCAUAUGUCAAGUCAUUAUUAUGUCCGGACAGAAUGAUCUCGUCUUUGCAUGAAAUUCUACUGCCUCCUGCAAUUUUCCAGAGAAUUAAAGAACAAUAUUUCGGUUCACUCAGCUUAAGCCAUUUCUUCUUGAUAUAUAUGGAUUAAUGGAUAGAUGCUCAGAUCAGGGGUGAAGGCCAGAUCACUGGCAUGCCCCUACCUCCGCCCCUCGUGAGAUCAUUCUUAUUUAGGUUGUUUUUGGGGUAUUGAUUCAAAGAGAAUCAGACAAUUACCACAGAAUAAGCUGGUUUUGAAAUUAAAAAUGGUUGUGGUACCUUUUAUUUAUAAUCUAAUGGAUAAUUUACCCAUUGGGUGUUUUUUAACAUGCUUAAAUUCACGAGGUGCA